UUUUCAAAAUUUAUUGGGAAAAUAGGAAAAUUGGUGGAUUUUUCAGCCUCAGUUCGUUCUGUGCUUUGCAUCGUCGUGGCGGCAUAUCUCAGAAAGAAAAACAACGUAGAACCGAAAUUAUGAGCACCAUAAGAAUUUGUAUUACUACAUUAAAAAUUGUCUUCAGUAUUUGUAGUGGCUUUAGUUGGUAUGCGCUAUAUAAAACCGGAACCAUACUAUGAGGGUCUCCCACCAUUUAAUGAAUCCGGCAGUCCCUUCAAUGUUGUGCCAAUACAUCAAUAUCCUGAGCUAAUGAAGGAUACAUGCGCCCUCAUCAAUUCCGAAUGGCCACGAAGUGAAACGGCGCGCAUGCGUUCCCUAGAAGCAUCAUGUGAUACAUUACCCUGCAGUUUGGUUCUAACAACCGAAGGUCUCAGCCGUGUUAUUGCCCAUUGCAAGCUUAGUCCAAUACCAUCGAAGAGUAAAUCGUGCUUCAUUGAAUCGGUGGUGGUGGAUAAGAGUUGCCGCGGUCAAGGUUUCGGUAAAUUAAUAAUGAAAUUUGCCGAAGAUUAUUGUCGUGUCGUAUUAGAUUUAAAAGUAUUAUAUUUGUCAACAAUUGAUCAAGAAGGUUUUUACCAAAGAAUAGGUUAUGAAUUCUGUGCCCCAAUCUCAAUGUACGGCCCAAGACAUUGUGAAUUGCCCAGUCUGCAGACAGCCAAAAAGAAAUACAUGAAGAAAGUUUUAUAGGCAACAAUCGAAACAGGAAUACAUGCAAAACGAAAGGUAAAUAAUACAACAACUACAACGAAUACUACGGUUGCAGUAAGUGUUU